AUAUAAUACAAACAUGUAUUAUUCUAAAAUAUAAUAUAAAAUACCAGAUUUAAUAAAUCAAUUUUAUUUAUAUAUUUUUUCUACAUGUUAUUUUUUUAUUUAAUUUCUUUGAUAAUUAUUUAUUAAUAAUUUAAAUAAAGAUAAAAUUUAUUAUAUAAUUUAUUAUUUAAUUGAUAACAUGCAGUUUCAAAGGAUUCAUAAAAAUAUAUUAAUAUUAUUAAUAUAAUUUAAAAUAAUACAUAUUUGAUAUUUUUUUAGAUAUUUUUAAAUAAUUUAUCAAUGUUUUAAAAUUUUAAUAUAUCGUGUAUAUAGAUUCUUGACUAGUUUAAUCAGAUGAUACAUAAAGUUAUUGAUCAAAAUGGAAAGUCAAAAAGCAUGCGCGUUUUUCUUAUAAAUGACAAGAAGAUGAUGUUUUACAGAGCUUUGCAAGUGUUUUUCCAUUUUUUUACAAUUUUAUUAUGUAUAUCUGGUGAAACGUUAGUAAAAAAAAAUGAAAAACGCACUAAUUUCAGAAACAAUUAUCAAAUGUGCCUCGACAGUUUUAAAAUUCACGAAGAUAAAAUUAUUCGAACACAGGAAUCCCGAGAUAUGGGUGCUAAAUUUUUAAAAGAAUACGAUGUUGAUUCUAGAGAAGACUGUUUAAAGUUUUGCUGUGAUACUGAAAGUUGUGAUGUAUUUAUUUUUGAAGAAAAGAAAUCUGGAAGUUGUUAUCUUUUUCAAUGUGGUCCAUUACAUGACUUUAAAUGUAAAUUUACCAAUCAUGCUAAUUAUAGUAGUGCAGUACGCAACUAUAAUUCACAAUUAGAAAAGGAACAAGAACAUGAAUUACAAUCCCUUAGAAAAUUAUCAGAUCCAGCACCACCAGAAUAUUCCUUCACAGAACCAUCUAUGAAAUUAAUUACAACUUUAACACCAAAGUCAUUAUUGACAACAUCUCUACCUAUUAAGCAAGUUUGUAGUAGGAAUCAAUAUGAGUGUCGUUCAUCUGGAGAUUGUAUAGCAGUAUAUAAUGUAUGUGAUGGUAUACCACAAUGUGCAGAUGGAUCUGAUGAAGCAGCAGAUCUAGUAUGUCCCACAGAAAAGCCAACAAUUUUGCCUUCUAUAAUUCAAGGACCUCAAUCACCUUCACCAUUAUUACCUGUUGAUAUAAUAAAAUAUCAACAAAUGAUUGAUCAACAUAAAUCCCUUCCUCCUAUGUAUGCUCGCAUUCCAGAAGUUAAUUGGAAAUUGCCUAAUUUAUCUCACAGAAUGAUUCCACAACAGCCCCUUUUAUAUUCAGUUCAACGAAUGGAAGUACCUCAAAUACAUAAAGGUUUUGCUGCACCAGGAUAUGUAUGGGAUUAUCAAUCUAUGUAUGAUCAAAACAAAGACAUUUAUAAUUCAUUUCAUGAACAAGGAAAUUCAAAUCCUUAUGAACAAGAUCAAUCGCAUAUUUUUAAUCAUAAAGGAUCAGGUAUAAUAGGGGAAAAAGAGAUAGACAGUGGCAUUUAUUCAGAUAUAAAACAUCCAUAUAUAUCACAUUUUCCAUCCUCGAAUAGAGGUAAAUGGCAAAACAAUCAAGUUUAUCCAUCUUCAUCAUCAAUAUCAAAUGUGCAACAAAAGCAAAUAUUCGAAAUAGAAAAAAGUGUUAUUAUUACAACAACACCUCCUUGUGAUACAUCACAUGAACAAAAAGAUGUUUCAUCAAAUAAAGAUAUUAAUAAAAUCUAUCAAGAAGAUAAACAUGGACUACAUGAAAAAGAAAUUAAUCAAAAUAAUAAACAAAAUAUGUUAAAAGAUGAAACACAAAAAUUUAAUCAUAUUCAAACAAAAGAGCCAAAAGAACAUAAAAGUAUAAUGGUUAUAAAAGAUCAUACUAAAGAACAUGGGAAAAAUACCUUAAUAGCAGAAUAUUUAAAAGCAAAUGAAAAUGAAGUUCUAAAACCUAGGGGAGCAGUUAUAUCUUUGGCUUUAGGACUUACAAUAAUAGCUAUUACAGCUACAUUAAUUGCUUGUCGAUUGCGAGUUGUUCGAAGACGUGGAAGACGACAUGGACCAUAUGCCUAUGAUGCGGAUUAUUUAGUAAAUGGAAUGUAUCUUUAAGUGAGUAUGAAUUUUUUUAGACAAAGAAGUUUAGUGAUAUUUUUAUAUUGUUUUAAAUAAUUAUAUAAUGAAAUAUGUUUUAUUUUAACACUUUGAUUUUAAAACAAAUUGAAAAUAUUUAUUUGUACUUUAUACUUAUGAAAUUUUUUUUGUUUUUUUUUUAAUGUGCAAUAUAUUUUGUGUAAAAAUAAUUGUAUUAAAUUUAUUAAUAUGUUGUAAAAUUUCUAUAUAUUUUGUUAAAUUUAUAUUAUAUUUACAAGAAAUAUAUUAAAGUAUUUCAUGAAAUAAAUUUUUAAUCAAAUAAUUUAUAUUCAUCAAUCAAAGUUCUUUACUCUAAUUUGGUAUUGAUUAUAUAAUAAGUUUGAAAAUAUUGACAAUACAAGAAGAAAUUCAAAAUUAUCAAAUAGAAUAAUUUUUGAUAUAAAUUAUUUUCAAUAUUUUCAUAAUAUGAAAAAAAAUUGAAAUUUUGUCUAUGGAAAUUUAAGACAAUAUUUGAAAAAAUAGAAUUAUCAACUUGUAACAAAAUUAUAUUUAUACAUAACUUUUACAGCCAUAUAAUACAUAAGGUACAUAAUUAUUCUCAAUAAUAAAAUCAAUGUUUUCAAGAUUAUAAUAACUAUUUAUUCUAAAAAAAUUGUUAUUUUGUUGUUUUUUAUAUUUUAAUUUAAUUGUUUAUCUCCAUAAAAAUUUAAAUUUUUUUGUAUUUCUAAAAAGGAAUACAUAUAUAUAUAUAUGUAUAUAUAUAUAUACAUACACAUAAAUUCGAUUAAUCUACAUUAUUAGAUAUAAUGCAAAUAUAAAAAUUAUUAUAUUAUUAUAAUUCUAUAUACGCGUCUAAAAUUUUCAAAUCAUAUUUUUAAAUACUAUAAUAUUAUUUAAUUAAAUUAAUUAAAUUCAUAAUGUGUAUAAAAUAUUUUAAAAAAAAAUGGAAGAACUUAAAUUACUAACAUUUUUCCUAUUAUAUUAUAACUAUUUUCAAUAAUAUUAAAAUAAUCAGCUAACUAGUAGAUUGAAAAAAUUUUGCAUUUAUUAAAGAAAAUAAUUCUUAAAAUUCUUUUACAUUAUAAUUUUAAAAUUAGUAAUUAAUCUUUCAAAAUAUAUAUUUUUUUUAUAUAUAUUUUUAUCAAACAAAAUAAUCAUUUUUCAGUAAAAAAGACAGUCUUGUUUUAUUAAAAAAUCAAUUAAUUUUAAUUUAUAAUAUAUUAAUUAUAAAUUAUUUUUAUUUAUUAUAUUCAUGUAUGUCUGAAUAAUAAUUUUAAUUAAUAGUUCAAUUUGUAUAUAAAAAAAAUAAUAUUUACUUAGAUAUGAAUAUUGUACAAUUGAAAAAAUAUUAACAGAAUAGAAAUAAUUUCAAUUAUAAUAUAAAAAAAUAGAAGUUUGUAUCAUUAUUGAUACUGCAAUGACAACAAGUGAAAAUUAUGAUAAUGUUUAUAAGUGGGACUGUAUGUUUGUUUAAAAUGAAAUAAAAAUAUUAUUUAAUAAUA